AUGACAGAUAGAGUCUACCCUUCCGCCAAACCCGCCGCCAACGGCACCACCACUGCCGCCGCCGCCGUCAGCAACAAGGCCAACGGCGGAGCCCCAACAUUCCCCGCCACCAAAGCUCAACUCUACAACACCACGCGCCCCCUAUACCGCCCCCAACCGCCUCCACGCCGCAGAAGUGGCCGUAGCUGCUGCUGCCGAUGCUGCCUCUGGACCACCUUCACCAUCCUUCUCAUCAUCCUCCUAGCCGCCAUCGCCGGUGCUGUCGUCUGGGUUCUCUAUCGCCCCCACCGCCCCUCUUUCUCUGUCUCGUCUUUCCAAGUAUCUCAAUUCAAUAUCACCUCAUCGUCCCAAGACUCCCAACUCAACUCCAAGUUCAACCUCACCGUAUCAGCUCGGAACCCCAACGGAAAAAUCAUCUUUCUCUACGAUCCCAUCACAGUUUCUAUAACUUCUGAUGGAGUUGACAUUGGAGAUGGAUCUUUUCCGGGAUUUGUGCAUGGGAAAAAGAACACGACUACGCUGAGAACAGUGAUCACAAGCGCCGGUCAAAGUUUGGAUAGUACGGCCGUUAAUUCACUGAAGAACAAGAAGAGUCUGCCAUUGAAGAUAAAGCUGGAUACGAAGGUGAAAGUGAAGAUCGGAAGUUUGAAGACGACGAAGGUGGGGAUUAGGGUUUCUUGUGAUGGCAUUAAAACUGCUCUGCCCACCGGAAAGUCGGCGGCGACUGCGACGACUUCUGAUGCGAAGUGCAAAGUAGAUCUACGGAUCAAGAUCUGGAAAUGGACUGUCUGA